GUGAUGUUGAGUCUUCUUGUCCCUCCACUAAUCCUGGUUCUGGGCUUCCGGAGUCGAGAGGAACUCAAGACGAUGCCACAGACUCGGGAGGAGCACCAGGAUGAUGACCCCGAAAGAUCCUCAGACUCAGAGAGUGACUCAGAAUCAGAGGAGGAGAACAUGGAUAUGAGGCAUGACCAUGACCCAGAGGCACCACUCUGCAACAACACUGCUGCGCCACACUCAAGCACUCUGGUAGUUCCUCCUUCCCAGCCUGAGGGGGGUGCUGAUGUUGUGGAUCAACAUGGUACUCCAGUAAGACAAAAUGGAGUGUCUAUGAGUCAUCUGUCUCAUCUAGACUCAACCAUUUUUAAUGAUAUUCACUCCAGACAACUGCCAGCAAGAAUAAAGCUUUAUGAGUUCUACAAUGCUCCCAUUACAAAGUUCUGGGCUCACUCAAUGGCUUAUGUAUUCUUUCUGUGCCUCUACACAUAUAUUGUUCUGGUUAAACUUCCCAAACAACCAGAAUGGAUGGAGUGGUACGUGGUCGCCUACAUCUCUACUCUCAUUCUUGAGAAAAUACGUGAAAUAUUGUCAACAGAACCUGUAGAACUUAAACAAAAAAUAGCAGUAUGGUCGGACAAGUUGUGGAAUGUGUGCGACAUGUUUUUUGCACUUUUCUUCGUUGUCGGUUUGGCCCUGAGACUACAAGAACAAACUAUGCAAGCUGGACGUAUUAUAUAUUGUGUUGAUAUUAUAUACUGGUAUUUAAGAAUUCUUGAGAUUUUGUCUGCAAACAAGUACCUGGGUCCACUUGUGAUGAUGAUGGGAAAAAUGAUUAAGAACAUGGCAUAUUUUGUGGUGUUGCUCUUGGUUGUGCUGAUGGCGUUUGGUGUGUGCCGCCAGAGUAUCCUUUUCCCUAAUGAAGAGCCACACUGGAGACUUGCUAGACACAUAUUUUACCAGCCAUAUUUCAUGUUGUAUGGUGAAGUGUUUGCUGGAGACAUUGAUCCUGACUGCGGUGGAGAAGGCGAAAUUCCCUGUCAUCCAGGACGCUGGAUCACUCCAACAGUUAUGUCCAUGUAUCUCUUAGUUGCCAACAUUCUUCUCAUCAAUCUUCUAAUUGCUGUAUUUAACAACAUCUUCACAUCAGUCAACGCCAUCUCACGCCAAGUGUGGAUGUUUCAGAGAUUUCAGGUUGUAAUGGAAUUUGAAGGAAAACCUGUGUUUCCUCCUCCGCUCAUCAUUCUGUCACACAUCCACCGAGUCAUAAAGUACUGCUUCAGAAGAUGGAAGGGGAAGCCCUUUUUGUACGACAAUGGUUUAAAAAUAUUCCUGGAUGGUGAGAGCCUAGAACGUCUUCAUGACUUUGAGGAGGAGUGCAUGGAUGGCUACAACAGGGACAAGGACCAGAAGGAACAGAUGAGUACAGAGGAGCGUGUACGGGUUAUGGCAGAACGAACCGAAGGAUUAAUGCAGCGGAUUGAGGACAUGCACAGCAAGUUCGUUACAGCGAUGAGUUCUGUUAAUAACCUUGAUUUCCAUGUAAAGCGGUUAGAAGAGACAGUAGAGCAGACAAAGAGUAGUUAUGCUGUGGUUCACCGUUUUAUGCUCAGUCAUGUGGGACAUAAAAGAUCAAGUUCCCCUUGUUCAGGUUCUGGUACUCCACACUCUGAAGGAGGAGGCACGUCACGCUCUCUCUCUCAGACGAGUCUUCAUCGUAUGUUGGAAGAAACUGAACAACAAAUGGCUCAGAGCUCUGCCAUUGAACCAGAAGGAAGUAAUAUGGAAGUGAGUGAUACUGCUGAUGCACAACUUGAAGCUCACAAAGAUCUCAGAAUUUCACCAACUAUCAUAAAUUUUGGAAAACCCAUAAAAACUUCAAGUCCAGUAAAUAUAUUAGAUGGAUUUGAAUUAGAGUCCAUGAGUAGUGUAAAUGCUAGAAGAUCAAAAGCUCAAAAUUGUCAGUCAAAGCCAAGAUUAGACUCAGAAUCCGGAAGUUCUCUGGGUCGUGCUUCUCGAGAACGUAAACUCUCCGGCGGAAGGAAGAGCAGCAUUCGUAAAUCUACAAAGCACAGCGGUGAUAGCACACCAUCUAAAGUAUGUUUCAGGGAUGUAAAUAUUACUGAUGAUUCUGAAUCAGGUGAAGGAGAUACUGGAGGUAUGAAGUUAAGCACAGAAGAGGAAAUUCAUAAUAGAUAUUUAAGAUCUAUGCCAUCUCCUGAUGAGGCAGCUGCACUCCAUUCUCCACCCAAGUAUGAAAGGAGUCUAUCUACCUCUUCUUGUCGGCCUAGAAUCCAAGUGAUUCCCCCAACGUCACCUCCUCCCAUGUGUACUUUUUUUAGUGAAUACACGAGUUUAGCUGAUGAGUUAGAGACUGUGUGCAUGUCCAGAUUAUCUCCUCCAUCAUCUCCUCACUUAGAGUAUCCCGGAAGAGUUGCUCCCCAAUUGAGACGACGCCAUCGUUCAGAGUCUGCUGGAAUUUCUAUUACAAUUAGUUCUAAUCCUUUGCGUGAUGCAGAAGAAGCUGAUUAUCAGCUGAUGGAAGGCUUAAUUCAGCGAAGAAUGCAUCGAGAUUCAGAAAAUUUAGCCGUCUCCCUGGAAGAUCUGUGUUCCGUGAGAACAGAAUUAUCUGAAGCUGAAGAUGGGGCAACUCCAUUAAACCUUCGGAGAGAUUCAAGGGCAGUAGGUCUACGGAAGCGUCACAGCACAACCAGCAUUGAUAACAACCCUUCAGAACUUUUAUCUGUUCCUGAGUCUGUUCAGUUACCUUCCUUGCAGACCAUUGCCUCAAGUCUUCAUCCAUCAUCUCCAUUAUGUGGCAGGGGUACUCGGCUAACAUCAUCUCAACCGGGUAGCCCAAGCGCACGUCGGUCUUCCUUACAUGAUGAUUUACACAUUCAGUGGGCUUCCUCUGGUGCUUUGCCAGCAACUGGAGGAUGGCUGACGCCAUGGUCUUCUCCCCGUCCACGUACACCACCAUUAGUGCGGCCUGAGACCCCAGCUGUGCAUGAGACGACCAGUGAUUCUGCCUCAUACCCACGAGAGCCGCAACCAUUUAUGUCAACACUUCAGGUGCCGGUCUUUAGUGAAUCAGAGGCUUGGCCCAAAGACACGAUCACAGAGACUGAAUGUUAGGAUAAAGCAAACUUCCUUCAAAGACAAUUCAAUACUGUGAAGUGUAAUUAGAAUUGUCUUCAGAUGGCAAUUGGACAAAUGUACUUAGAAAAAAUGGACAGAAAAUUUAACCAAUUCAGCAUUGAAUUAUGGUAAUACUAUAUAUUAAAUUUGUUAUCAAGGUAUUGUAUAAGUGAAUUAUUUUUACAUAUUGAAUAUUUAUUUUUAAUGUAAUUAAA